UCUAACUGGUGAUGCGGUAGUUUCAUUUAUUUUAUUAUUUAUUCCAAAUAAAAUCCAUUUAUAACCGCUGAAGAUUAAUUUCUAAUUGUGCGCUAUGUUUGAUAUUAAGAAUUACGAGUAUGACUGUACAUCCAAGUGUCACUUUCGGUUACACGGUAAUCAAAUAACGAUGGCGUUAACGAAACGUUCUAUUGAGGAUGAAAAGUUGGCUGCAUAUGUGGCCAAAACUUGUUGCAAUUUUGCUGAUAUUGUGGAUGAUUUAGGUCGCUCCGCAGUACAUAUUGCAGCCUCUGUGGAUCGUUACACAAUAUUGGAAUGGCUUCUCAAUCAGGGUUCAAUUAUAAGUGGCCGCGACUUUGAAUCAGGUAGUACACCACUGCAUCGUGCUAUUUUCUACGGCUGUAUUGAUUGUGCCGUUUUAUUAUUACGUUACGGUGCCAGCUGGGAAUUAUUAGAUGUCGACACUAGAUCGCCACUACAACAAGUGUGUCAUUUGGCUGAUUUCUCUUCCAGUGAAAAUAUACAUUGCAAUGACCUGUUGGUAUGGGGUUCAAAUAAAAACUAUAACUUAGGAGUAAAUAAUGAUCAGGGCGCUGAACCAUUACCGCAAAUGCUGGAAUACUUUCGUAGAGAACAUAUUUGCUUGAUGUCAGUCGCUUUAGGAGCUUAUCACAGUUUAUUCCUGGAUAAAAAAGGCCAGGUAUAUACAGUAGGUCAUGGCAAAGGCGGCAGGUUAGGGACUGGCAAUGAAAAUAGCUUAACUACUCCGAAAAAGGUUAAACUAUCUUUAAAAAACUCUAAUGAGGAAGUGAUUUGUAUCAGUACGUCACGCAGGCAUUCAUUAAUUUUAACUAAUUAUUCACUGGUGUUUGCCUGUGGUCUCAACGAUGAACAGCAGUUGGGCGUUAAAGAUGCCGGCAAUAAGUUGUCAAAUUUCAAAGAAGUCAUAACGCUAAGAGAUAACAGUGUUAAAGGCCUGAUUAAAGUUAUAGCUUGCGAUAGUCAUUCAUUGGCUUAUUCUUUACACAGUUUAUACACUUGGGGAACUAACGUGGGUCAAAUGGGAUUUGAUGCGAACACUAAAAUUAUACCACUGCCUAAGAUGAUGAAAUUACCACCAAAAACCAAUAUACACCAAGUUGAUGCUAACAAUGCCGCCACUGUAGUCUUAACUGAAGACAAUCUGAUCUUAUUGUUUCACAAUUAUAAAAUGAAAACUAUUAAAGCACCUAAUUAUGAAUCGUUGAAAAGCAUUUCGGUAAUACAGGGCGAUCGGGGAUCAGUGGGUGCUUUGAAGUUGUUAUUGCUCACCCAAACUAACGUAGUCUUCCUAUGGUAUCAGCUAACGCAAAACUUUUACAGAUGCACAUUUUCUAAUUUUCGGUUGUCUCAAAUUGACAAAAUUUUAUAUAAAGCCAAUCAAGUAUUGAUCAUGUCUCAAGGUAAUGUUUAUAAGGGCAAAUGCCAACAAGUGUCCAUGCCUUCAUAUUACAAUGAAGACGUAGUCAGAAAUCAUAAAGAUUUAGCGAAUAUUUGGAAUCGAAAUGAUCAUCGUUCUGCAGAAAUGUCUAAGGAGUUUAUGAUACGAAUUGAUUUGCAGCCUGUAGCCAAUAUUGAUCGUGUUGUUGAUAUAUUUUGCGAUGACGAUUUCGCCUCAUUUGCUGUACUACAAGAAUCUCAUAUGAAAUAUUUCAAAUUACCAACUCUAAAACAAGAGGAAUACACAUUUAAGAAACUUUACAAUGGGAUUUCCGAAUAUGACAGCGUUCACGAUAUUGUAUUUCAUGUAGAUGGAGAUAAGUUUCCCGCACAUAAGUUUAUAAUAUAUGCACGAGCACCCGGCUUAAAAGCAAUUAUUUCAAAAAAUGGAAACAAAGAAAUUUAUCUAAAUUUUCCGCAGCUUACUGCCAAAAUGUUCGAAAUCAUAAUGAAAUUCGCUUACAAUAAUUACAUGCCAAGUAGAGAAGUUUUAAUGUUGGAUCUUGAGGAUAUUCAGAAUAGUCUGAAUCCUAAUGAACGGCCUGAUAAUUUGACAGACACUCUUACUUUGUUAAUCAAUUUUGUGCAGCUGUUUCAACUAAAUAAUUUUGCAAAAUAUUUAAAAAGUUUUAAUAAAGAAGAAUACUUUGGACCUGAUAUCAAAUCCAAAUACCGUUUCAAUCGUUUGCGUCGAACGGACUUUCCGGAACUUCAUGAUAUCAGUAUAGUUUGCGAAAACAGCGGUGAAAUACUGGCUCACAAAUGCGUGCUUGUUGCGCGUUUGGAAUUUUUUGAAAUGAUGUUUACCCAUACUUGGGCAGAACAGAAUACAAUACAACUCAGCACAGUGCCUUAUGAAUAUAUGGAGGCUAUUAUUGACUUUUUGUACAGUUUGGAUGCGGAACACUUUCGUCGAGAGCAGUAUCGCGAAACUUUUCUUUAUAACAUGAUUGUAUUUUGUGAUCAAUACUUUAUUGAAAAUUUACGCGAAGUAUGUGAAAUUUUGUUAUUGGAGAAGAUUUCUAUCAGAAAAUGUGGUGAAAUGUUAGAUUUUGCUUGCAUGUAUAAUUGUGACGUGCUGAAGGAAGGCUGUAUGGAUUUCAUAUGUCAAAAUAUGUCGAGGGUUUUAUUGCAGAAGAGUUUACAUAACUGUGAACCAGCAUCGCUCAAGUGGAUUAAUGGACAUUAUCGCAAUAUGUUUAAGAAAGUCUUUGACUAUCGGGUGAUUACACCGGACUCCGAAGCAAUAGAUGAAGCGUGGCUAUUGAGUUUUGUAGAGGAUUUUCAAGUUGAUUUGAAUUAUAGAAUGGAUGGGCAAGAGCGAACUAUGAUACAAAUGUUGCUGGAACAAAAAUCUAAAGAUAAACAAUGUAAACAAACUGCACGCCAAUACGAACGGGAGGCUAUCUCAACGAUGAUGAAAUCGUUACAACUGAAUGAAUCAGCCAGAGAAUCAGAAAAGAGUUCUGUUAAAAAAGUUGAGGCAGAUGUACAGGCAUUAUCCAGCGAUCCAGUAAAUUGGAUGAAAGUUGCGGAUAAAAAGGAGCUGAAGAAAAAAUCAAUCUUAGAACAAACUUUGAAGGCUAAUGAGAUUUUAAAAAAAGAGGAUACAUUGAAAAGAGACUUCGUAAAACUUCAGACCGAUUCAAAUAGUGAUUCAAUUUCUUCAUCAUUCAAUACUCCUGAAAAAAUUUUAAAUAGCUCAAAACUUUAUAAUAUUAAUUUGGCUGUCUUGGCAACUUCUCCAAGAGAAAAACUCUCCCAAAAACAACGCAAACGUUUAUUUUCAGAAAGCGUACAGAAUUCGUCUUGUUCGUGGCGUUCUACAAACCAGCAGACAGAAUCGAAGCCUACAACUGCAGUCACUCAACCAAAUGCUUGGGGAACGAUGCCUCAUUCACCUUCAACUUCCUUAUCUGAGGAGAAGGAAACGAUAAAAUCGCCACCUGCAACCGGUAGUUUGAAGGAUCCCACUUCAUUUGCCAAUAUGACACGAGUCAACUCGAAAGUGAAUGAAGCUGCUAACAGUUUUUCUCAAAUAUUAAUUGAAGAAAAACGUCAGCGUAUAUAUUAUGAACGUAUGCGUCACAAAUCCUUGGUUCUUACGCAGAUCGAGGAACAAGCUAUCGUUGAAUUAAGAGAUUUUUACAAUGUGGGUAACUUGAAGGAUGAAAUUAUUACUAUUCAACGGAAACCUCAACCGACACCACCUACAAAUUUUGCGACUUGGAAAAGGGAUUUUAAGUAAAUUUUAACCAUCUUUCCAGUUUAGCAUUAAACAUUUUUUUACUUAUACGUAUUUACUUAAAUGUUACGGUAUACAAGAUUGUAUAUGUAAUAACGAAAAUGGAGCUAAAUAAUCUAUAAGUUUAAUUUAUAAGUUCGAGUUGCAUAUGUACAAUUUAGUAUUAAUUGAAUUUACUAAAAUAGAAAUUAAUGUUUAUUGUAAAAAAAAAACAAAAUAAAAG